GUUAAUUAUUUAUGUUGCGCGCAUUGUGUGCAUAUCAAUAAAUUACUUUUCGAUUCCAAGAAGGAAAAAAACACUACAAACAAAAGCAUAACGAACGCGCAGAAACAAAAACAAUUGAAGAAUUAAUCGUUAGUUGUAAUACAUUUAGUGUUUCCCGUUGUGUUGUAAGCGUAUGAAUCACAUUAUCAAGAAUGAUAACUAACAAUGUGGUGAUUAAUAUUAUCGUCCGAGUGUGUAAAUAAACAAAUCGCAAGAUAAAAAGCGCAAGCGAAAGCGAAUUUCAACACACGCGGGUAUAAAACGAAUUUUGAGGGCUUUUGAGAAUGUUUAAUAUUGAUUCGUGAUUACGAAAAAUCGUGGCAUUGACACACUAUUACGUCUCUGCACCGCUCGUGCGGAUGUCGAUUAUUUAUAACAAAAAGCAAACGAAAGUAAUAUCAGCGCACAGUCGUCGGCGGUUGUUGUAUGAAGUGUGCGCGCGCGUGUGCUGCUACCGGCCUACUUUCAAACUCGACCGUCUUUUGUUGCAAACAAUUGCAAACCGCCAAUUCAAACUUCCGUGUGUUGCGGCGCAAAUAAUCGCAUUAUCGGAAAAUGUAAAAAAUUCCAGCGCGCAUCGCCAUGGAUAAAGACAAAGUCUACCACACGGAUCUGAGUUAUCCCAUUGACGAGGAGCCGAAAUGCCUCGUCUACAGGGUGUUCGGGCAAGUGCCAGCGCGUCUUGUCCUCUACAUGUUAUCCUGGUCGGGGUUCCUCGUCUCCUUCAUGAUGCGCACCGAUAUUAAUCUGGCGAUUGUCGCCAUGGUACGCGAACCAGAACGGCCGCAUUUCAAUGGUACCCUUGGGGAACGCUACUGUUACGAUACGGAUACUUCAGUGGAGGAUGAAAUGACACCUGUUACGGAUUAUGGUGGGAGUUUGGAUUGGAACGCUGAUGUCCAAUCCUAUGUGCUGGCAUCAUUCUACUGGGCUUACAUUGUAUCCCAGGUGGUCGGUGGGCUGGCAACGCAGAAACUCGGGACCAAGCGUGUGUUUGGUUACGCGCAACUCGUCACAGCUCUCUGCAGCCUAUCCAUCCCAUGGGCGAGUGAGACGCACUACGCAAUCGUGAUAUUCCUACGAAGUGUUCAAGGUUUUGCUUCGGGGUUGACCUGGCCGGCGAUGUACGCGCUCGUCGGACAUUGGAUUCCUGUCUCUGAAAGAUCCAGAUUCAUGUCAUCCUUCCAAGGAUUCAGUAUUGGUAUCGGGAUUACUUACCCGUUAUGCGGUUUUCUCAUCGCUUCCCUUGGUUGGCGUUCGGUAUUCUAUACAACUGGUAGUAUUGGUGUGUUAUGGUGCAUGGUCUGGUACCUGCUUGCCUUUGACAGUCCGGAAACACAUCCGAGGAUUUCUCUGAGUGAACAGCAGUACAUAAAAGAGAAUACCAUCAAUACCUAUGAAGCCUCCCGAGCGAAAACUGUACCAUGGUUGAAAAUAUUCACAUCCUUACCUGCCUGGGCCAUUGGUAUUACUACGUUCGGCCGAAUCUGGGUGCAUUACACGUUUAUCAUCCCCGGCCCGCAGUAUAUGAAAACCGUGCUGGGAUUCAGUAUUGAGAAGAAUGGUGUGCUCAGCGGUGCGCCGUUCAUCUGUUCAUACCUCGCUUCGGUUGUGUUCUGCUACGUUGCGGAUAAAUUAGUAACCAACAACUGGAUGUCACUUACUAAUGUGCGCAAACUCUUCACUGCACUAGCUCAGGUGCUGCCUGGAGUGCUGGUAUUCCUCAUUCCAUACCUCGGCUGCGAUAUUACCUUAAUCUUGGUGUUGUGGUUCAUCGCCGUGACGAUGAUCACUGCAGCAUAUGCAGGAGCAAUGGCGAAUGUGGUCGACAUCGCGCCGAACUUCGCCGGGCCAGUAUUAGCAUUCGCGCAGACCAUUCACAUGACGGCGAGUUUCCUCAGCCCCCAAGCGGCGUUGUACAUAACCAAAGACGGACAUACCCUGGCAGCAUGGCGGACGGUGUUCAAUGUCACUGCAAUCGUCGCCAUUUCCACCUAUCUCUUCUAUCAAGUGUUUGGAACCGGUGAUGUGCAGUCGUGGAAUGAUUCCGAGCCGGCAUUGAGCAGCACCGAGCAGGAACUGAUGCUUGAUAAGGAUAUAUCCAGCGUGGAAGUGUCACCGGCGAAGACCGACAAGAUGGCGAACGGAAACGCGAACACCAAUAACAGUAGUGGUGAAGUAAUCGCCUGAAUCUAGGCAAACAAUAUGACAAUAUAUCCACGAGAUGGAGUAAAACACAUAAGACGAGCGCGUUUCACACAGUCAUUGAGACGCCUCGUCGAUGAUCAUGCAUUCCAAGCAUAUGGAUGCGAGUAUUUGUUUUCUACAAUUAAUUCUAGCUAGGAUUUUGUCCCUCUAAAUGAAUCAAAAUCUAAUUAUUAACUUAACAAAACUACGUAGGUAUUACAAAUUACAAAAUGUGAGUGCAAUGAGUGAAUAUUCAAAGUGAGUUGAGUUUGAAUUCGUUUGCAAGGAUAACAACUGCUGGAUUCGGUUGUUCCCUUUCACCCGCACACACACACACAAUGACUUUAUUCACACGUUUCACUUGUACCUCAAAUAUUUUUAUAUAAAAUCAUCAACUAGAUGUGAAAUAAAGGCGCUAGGACGCAUUGUUGUUACGCAGAAA